AUGGCGUGGUCCGCAGAAGCCGAUGCCCCCAGGCACACCCCUUUCGAUGCUUCAGCUAGCGAGACAGACGUCGAAGUCAACCAUGCCUUCCCGGGCGAGGAGCAUCCCAAAGAUAACGCCUUCCAGAAACGACUAACUCUCACCUUCAAUAAUGUCACCGUCAAUGUGACGGCCCCGGGCGAAGCACUGGGCGAUACCCUGUUGUCAUGGGUAAACCCAAGCCAGCUGUUGGAUGUCUUUCGGAAGAAAGAACAUACUAAGAGGCUCCUCGUCCUCGGCAGACCCGGUGCCGGCUGUACGUCUCUCCUCCGUGUACUGUCCAACGACCGCAAAUCUUUCGACGAGGUUGAAGGUGAAGUGUGGUACGGCAAUAUGAACUGUCAGCGGGCGAGGCAGUACCGCCAGCAGAUCACCUUCAACACCGAGGACGAUGUCCAUUUCCCCGCCUUGACCGUAAACCAGACCAUCAAGUUCGCCCUGCGGAACAAGGUGCCCCGGGAGAGGGAGGAACACUUGGAAGAGAAGCAGCAGUACGUCCGACAGACGAAGAACAGCAUCCUCGGUUCUCUAGGAAUCGGCCACACUGUCAAGACCAAAGUUGGUAAUGAGUUCAUCCGCGGCGUGUCUGGGGGGGAGAGAAAGCGUGUAUCCCUGGCUGAGAUGAUGGCGGGCCAUGGCGCGAUGCAAUUCUGGGACCAACCGACCCGUGGUCUUGACUCCAGAACAGCUCUAGAAUUUGCCGCCACACUGCGCGCUCAAGCCGAUCAAAACGGACGAACCAUCGUGGCCACCAUGUACCAGGCAGGUAACGGCAUCUACAACCAGUUUGACAAGGUGCUCGUCCUGGCCGAUGGAUGCGUCAUAUACUACGGCCCCACAAGUACAGCUCAACGCUACUUUGAAUCCCUUGGUUUCGUGUGCCCCAAGGGCGCCAAUGUCGCCGACUUCCUGACCUCCAUCACCGUUACCACCGAGCGCGUCAUCGCUCCCGGUGCCCAAGGCAAGGUACCCACUACACCUCAAGAGUUCGAGAGAGCAUAUCAACAGAGUUCGAUGUGCCGGCAGAUGCGCAAAUCCGAGCAGCCGGUUGAGACCCUUGCUGCCGAGGCUGUCAACCUUGAGGAGGCGGUUCAGAAGGAAAAGAAAGUGAGGCGCGUGAACGGCAAAAGAAGUCCAUAUACCGUCGGUCUCCGAGACCAAAUCAUCAACUGCACCAUCAGGUACAACACCCCCGCCUCAACCAUUCCACCCUCCCCCAAAACUAACCACCAACCCUCCCCCACCAGACAAACCCAAAUUAUCUUCAGCGACCGACUCUCCCUCGCCAUCAAGCUCAUCUCCGCCACCAUCCAAGCCCUCGUCUGCGGCAGCCUCUUCUACCACCUGCCCACCACCAGCACCUCCCUGUUCCUCCGCCCCGGCGCGCUCUUCUUCCCCGUGCUCUACUUCCUCAUGGAAGCCAUGUCUGAAACCACGGCCUCCUUUACGGGGCGCCCCAUCCUCGCCCGCCACAAGCGCUUCGGCUUCUACCGCCCGCUGGCCUUCUGCGUCGCCACCGCCCUGACCGACGUCCCCGUCGUUUUGCUCCAGGUCUCGGUCUUCUCGCUGGUGCUGUAUUUCAUGGCUGCGCUGCAGAUGGACGCGGCCAAGUUCUUCACCUUCUGGGUGGUGGUCUGCGCGAAUAACCUGGCGUUUUUGCAGCUCUUUCGUGCGGUGGGCGCGCUGUGCCGAAGGUUUGGCAUGGCCUCGCAGCUGACGGGGUUGUUGUCGACGGUGUUUUUUGUGUAUGGCGGGUAUUUGAUUCCGUUUCGGAGCAUGCAUCCGUGGUUUCGGUGGAUUUUUUAUCUCAACCCGGGCGCGUAUGCGUUUGAGGCGUUGAUGGCGAACGAGUUUGCCGGGCUGCAGCUGGAGUGUGUUGCGCCGCAGUAUGUGCCAUUUGGGCCGGGGUAUGAUGGUGAUGGUUUACAGGGCCAUCGCGGGUGUACGGUGCUGGGGAGUGAUAAUGCAACUGGGAUGAUUGAUGGGUAUGCGUAUAUUUCGCAGCAGUACUCGUAUGCGACGGGGCAUAUCUGGCGGGGGUUUGGAGUCUUGAUUGGGUUUUGGAUCGCCUUCAUUGCUGUUACGGCGCUGGCGUUUGAGCUGCGUACUGGGGAAGGGGGUUCGUCGGUCCUGCUGUACAAGCGUGGGCUGAGAAACAAGAAGAAGGCGGAGCAAGAUGUUGAAGCUGUUACUGUCACUCAACGGGGGGAGGGGAAAUCAGGGACGUCUCUGGUGACGGCUUCUCCUCCUCGGCCUGUUAGGCAGUCUACUUUUUGCUGGCAUAACUUGGAUUACUUUGUCAAGUACCAGGGCCAGCAAAAACAACUGCUUGAUAAAGUGUUUGGCUACGUCCAACCGGGGAAUCUUGUGGCGCUGAUGGGCUGUUCUGGCGCAGGAAAGACGACUUUGCUCGACGUCCUUGCUCAAAGAAAAGACUUUGGCGAAAUUCACGGCUCCAUUCUGAUUGACGGUAAACCACAGGGCGUCAGCUUCCAGAGAAUGACAGGCUACUGCGAACAGAUGGAUGUGCAUGAGGGCACUUCGACAGUCAAAGAGGCGCUUGUGUUCUCGGCUCUCCUGCGCCAACCACCCGGUGUGCCCAAGGCGGAAAAGCUUGCUUAUGUCGAGCAUAUUAUUGAUCUGUUGGACCUGCAUGACAUCUCAGACGCCCUGAUAGGAGCAGUCCUCUUUGAAGCCUUUGACGCCCUGCUUCUCUUGGCCAAGGGCGGUCGUAUGACCUAUUUUGGGGAGACUGGCAAAAACUCGGUCAAAGUGCUCGACUAUUUCGCACGCCAUGGUGCGCGAUGCCCGCAAGACACUAACCCGGCCGAUCAUAUUGUCGAGAUCAUCCAAGGAGAGGGUGAGGCCAAAAUUGACUGGGUUGACGCGUGGAACCAAUCUCCGGAACGCCAGCAAGAGCUCGAAAAGCUCAUGUCUUUGACGCAAAAGGAUGCUACCACCGUCGACCACGAGAAGGAAGAUAAUGCCGAGUUUGCAUCGCCAAAGUGGUUCCAGUUCAAGAUGGUUCUGUACCGGCUGAUGGUCCAACUGUGGCGUUCGCCUGAUUACGUCUGGAACAAGAUUAACUUGCACAUCUUCGCGGCCUUGUUCAGCGGCUUCACGUUUUGGAAAAUCGGAGAUGGCUCCUUCGAUCUCCAGCUGCGAGUCUUUGCCGUUUUCAACUUCAUCUUCGUGGCACCAGGUUGCAUCAACCAGAUGCAGCCGUUCUUCUUGCACAACCGUGAUUUAUUCGAAACUCGUGAGAAGAAGAUCGUGUCCGAGAUCCCCUACCUCAUCUUAUGUGCGACCCUCUAUUUUUGCUGCUGGUAUUUUACCUCCGGGUUCCCGGUAGACGCGCGCGUCUCUGGUCACAUAUACCUCCAGAUGAUCUGCCAGGCCAUUGCAGCCUAUGCACCCAACGAGUACUUCGCGGCCAUCUCUAACCCGCUGCUCCUCGGCUGUGGCCUGGUCUCUUUCUGCGGCGUCGUCGUGCCUUACACGGCCAUGCCGGCCUUCUGGAAGUACUGGCUCUACUAUCUUGACCCCUUCCGCUAUCUCGUCGGCGGCCUCCUGGGCACCCUCCUUUGGGAGGUCCAGGUGAAAUGCAAGCCCGACGAGUUCACUUCGUUCAAUCCGCCUACGGGUCAGACUUGUGGCGUGUACAUGGCGGACUUUCUUGCAUCGAAUGCCGGGUAUGUGGAGAAUGCAAACUCGACGACAUCGUGCCAAUACUGUCCUUACGCGACGGGUGGUGAGUAUGCUCAGGUGUUCAACCUGAAUGAAAAGUACUACGCCUGGAGAGAUAAUACCUAA